CUGUGCACGAUCACCUGAGGAGGAGAAGAAAAAUAAUAUAAAACCGAGCAGAAGUGAAGAUUCGUAAGCAUGGCGGGACAGCUUCAGGUCUGAGAGAAUCUCCUUCAGCCAGCUCGUCAUCAAGAAGGUCAGUCCUCCAGUCUCUGUUGGUGCCAUGGCUGAUUCAAGCUGGUGGAAGCUGACCUUCUCCCGCAAGAAGACAUCUGAAUCCAAAGUCCUGUAUGAGAUCCCCGCUGAGUACGGCAGUAACACCGGAAACAAAGAGCACGUCUCGAGUGGUAACCCUUCUCCGGACCACAUGGACAGCCAGUUCAAUGCCCGGCUGGAGAAGAUUGUGGAUAAAUCUGCCACCAAGGGCCGCCAGGUCAAAGUGUCCAACUCUGGACGCUUCAAGGAAAAGAAGAAGGUCCGCGCAACGCUGGUCGAGAACCCGAAUCUGUUCGCAGAGCACAACCUCAGUGAUGAGAACCAUAAAAAGAAGACUGACAAAUAGCACAAAGACGUGCACACACUGGAUCACACGUGUGUCGUAUACCAGUGUCACAGAAGCUUAGAUAAAGGAUAAAAUAUACACAAGCACAGCCAUGUGGCGCUACAUGUGCAAGGUGGACACACUUGUUACCAGGAGCCACACCCAGGUAGAUACUGUAAACAAUGGAAACCAGGCAGACACUGUAAACAAUGGACUCACACCUAAACAAACAGCUGGUAUCGGCAAACCAUUAGACAAAGUGCUGGAGACAUUCUGUCUCAUUUUCUCUCUCACACGGUUAUGUAUCUGCCUAAACUCAUGUAAACAUACUUAUGAAUGAACAGUAACGUUAUUGUAAAUUGACUUAUUAUUUUUAUUAUUAAGGAUGCAGAUUUUUGGAAUUUAAAUCUCCUUUUUUAUGAUACACAAGAAGAAUAAACGUGUGUUCAGUGCAACCAAAGCAAAGUCAAUUUUUAUUACAUUUUUAUGACCAAAUAGAGACUUGAUUUUGAUGUCUGAAAUAUUGUGAAAAGAUAUAGGUUUAUAUAAACCUAAAGCAAAAUAAAUGUAUUUUGUUUUUAAUAAAUGUAACAAGAUGAGUAAAUAUAGAAAGAGUACUUUUUAUUUGUGUGCUGGUUUUGGUGCCAUGUAAUGAUGAGCGGACACUUGAUAUGACAUUUGAUAUGUAGUGCUGUGCUUCUAUUUUUUGUAAUAUGGCAUCCCUUACAUCAGAUCACACAAUGAGUCAGGUCAUUAAAGAUUAAUCCACUAAUCAGCUGUAGGGCAGGACUGGCCAAACUUUUAUUAUUGUGGGUCAUAUACAAAAAAAUAUAAACAAUAAAUGUGUAGUUUUCAACCAGUUACACUGCAAGAGUCUGUUUCUGUAUCAGAAAGCCCGUGUUAAAGAAAAUCAAUUUUCUAUUGAAAUAAAUAAACACUACUAAACUGUCAUAAACUACUAAACAUUAGUUGUUUACUGGUGUGAAAUUGCCAAAUAUUGGUUUGUGUUCAUGGCCUAAAGGACCACUUCAUAUAUUAUAAUGCAAAUACAAAUCUGUCUAAUAAGAUUUAGCAAACGGAACAGGCAGCAAUGGUAAAAUAUUAGUUUGUGCCGAGAGGU